AUGUUUACAACGAGUUUAGGAUCCACAAUCAACCGGAUCUAUCCAAUGAUUAAUGAUAAGUUAAAAUGUUCAUGUGUAAAACAUUUAUCGCAAUUAACCGAGAAACAAGCACAACUCAUGAGGAAAAAGUUGCCUCAAAAAAAACCAAUUAAAGGUGUGAAACACAUAAUAUUGGUGGCGUCCGGUAAAGGAGGCGUUGGAAAAUCAACGACUGCCGUAAAUCUAGCAACAGCUUUAAAGAGUGUUGCACCUAACAAAGAUGUCGGAUUAUUGGAUGCUGAUGUAUUCGGUCCAUCUAUACCAUUAAUGAUGAAUUUACAUGAAACCCCUUUAAUUAAUAAUGAUAACCUUAUGGUACCUCUCGUUAACUAUGGGGUUAAGUGUAUGUCAAUGGGUAACUUGAUAACUGAACAAUCAGCAGCCAUCUGGAGAGGCCUUAUGGUCAUGGGAGCCAUUGAUAAAUUAAUAAGAGGUGUUUCGUGGGACCAUACAGAUUACCUAAUAGUGGAUACACCUCCAGGAACGGGAGAUACACACCUAUCACUUGCACAAAAUCUUCCAAUAAGCGGUGUUUUAAUUGUUACUACUGGUCAAAAAGCUGCUCUUGGUGUGACCAAGAGAGGUAUAACAAUGUUUAAAAAGUUGAACAUUCCUAUAUUGGGAAUAGUACAAAAUAUGAGUACCAUGAAAUGUUUGAAAUGUUCGCAUGAAAAUUAUGUUUUUGGAGAUAGUGUCCAAGAGUUAGCUACACAAGAAAAAAUAGAUACAUUGUUUUCUGUACCUUUGGAUCCUGUUAUAACUAAUGGUUGUGAUUCUGGUCAGCCUAUUGUCAUUACUCAUCCGGAAUCCUCACAAGUUAAAGUUUACAAGAAUUUAGCAGAAUAUUUGAUAAAUUUAUUGGAUAUUGUCAAUAGCAAGUGA